AUCAACUCAAGCGUAGUGGAUGGUAGUAGCAGUGAAGUUCAAAGCUUAAAUAUGAACAAAAAAAAAAGUUUUCUUUUCAUAACUUUCAUAUAAAAAGGCGGCCUCAUCGCUAUUAUGUUGUGCAUAUUUGUUUCAUCAACGUUUUCAACAAAAGCUUAUAUCAAAAUGCUUCCAUUUAAUUAUAAUAUUUUGUUAAGUGCGGCGUUAAUUUUAUUUAUGCAACAUAUUCUGGUUGAAACUAUGAACAAUGGGGAGGACGAUUAUUUUUCUGCAAGCCUUAGGGAAGCGCUAGAAGCACGUGAUGGUCGAUUAAAAUAUCUGGUGGAUGUUACACCCGAGCAUUUGGUGAAGGAAGGUCAAAUGAUCCCUGGCAGUUAUCAUCUUCCAUUUGAAGAUCUGCCAACUGUCCUAUCGAUGAGUGAAGAAGAUUUCGAAUGGCAGUUUGAAGUGAAGAAACCAUCGCGACUGAGUGAUCUGAUUUUCACAUGUAUUGAUGGCAAACAUGCAAAAGAGGCUGCCGAAUGGGCAAGAAAUUAUGGCUGGAAAAACUCCAAAGCUUACAUAGGACCUCGCGAGAAUUUAUAUGAAGACAUAAAACCAACGGAAUGAAUUAUUAUUCGGCGUACAUAUAUUUCCACUUUGGCAAUAUUUUGUGCGAAACAAUAUUCAUUAUACGUGGAAUGGUGCUUCGAAAGUUUUUCAUAUCAUAUUUAAGCAAAUACUUUUGUACUUUUUAAACUUAAUUGCCGUCGCAAGGGCUCUUCGCUGAAAUAUGUUCUGGCAAAGCUUCUUCAAACUAUAAUUAUUUUUGUUGAUACAUUUAAUACAAUCAAAUCAGUUAACACAAUCGCUCU